AUGGAUAAGUUAGAAUCGUAUGUUCUGGGCACCGAAAUCACUUACAUCAUCACUCUGGUCAUCACCACCAUUCUCUCGUUGAUUGCCUUUGCCCUCGCCUACGUCAACUCUUGUAUCGCCAGAUUCACGGUAGUACGCCCGAUGCAUCGAGUGAAUCAGAAGAUGGAACUUUGCGAUAAACUCAUUGCUUCGAGAAAAUUGUCCGACGAUAUACUUCAACGCAUGGCUGUGGUGGCGAAUUUCGACUUUGCUGCCAUUGAAAAAGAGAGAAAAAGCACCAGAAGCGGCGAGUCUCGUAAAAGGCCAACA